AUGAGCGCAUUUCCGAAAUCAUCUGAUAGAUCAGCCACGGUACCCCCAAUAGACGCUGCAAAUCUGGGAAUUCAGUUGAGCGAGAUGUUAAACAAAUUCAGUGAAUUGAGUGAAGAAAUGGCAACCCAAAGGCGCAUGAUUGACCAACUGGUUGCUAGCAGUGGCGGUAUCCAACACAACCCCAUGUCUAUCAAUCAACCUGAAAUAGAACACCAAACACCUCUUCUGCCCCAUACCCAAGUUACCUUUGUACCAUCCUUGACAAACGUACCCGAAGAGACUUUCACUUACCCCGCUUCUAGUUUUCCAUCUACUUACCCCCAUAACAUCCAAGUCAACUCGGCCAGUAUUCAAAUGCCUCAGAAUUGUCCAGACUCUCAAAUACCUCAUCAUACCACCACUGAGCCUUUCAUGUUGGAUGUUGCCCAAGGGAAGGUGGAAAUGGGUGAAUCCUUCGCCCCAAUAGACAAAAAUCUGUUGAAAAGAUUGGAUAAAUUUGAUGAAUUCAUGAGAAAAAAUCAAAGAUUGAGCAAGGUUGGAGGAUUGGGUUAUGAUGAGUUAUGUCUUUUCCCAGACAUGCAAUGGCCUUUGGGUUUUAAAAUGCCCAAAUUUAGUAAGUAUGAUGGAACCGGUAACCCCAAGACGCAUUUAAGACUAUUUGCAAAUAAGUUGGGAAAACCAAUCCAUGAUGAAAAUUUGCCAAUACGUUUAUUCCCCGAGAGCUUGGAAGGCGAUGCCCUGGAUUGGUAUUCCAAUUUAAAGCCGGAGGAGAUGAGAACUUGGUUGGACUUGUCCACAGCAUUCGUAAGGCAAUAUGAAUACAACUGUGAGCUGGCGCCAACGAGAACCACACUUGAGAGUACUAAAAGGGAACCAUCUAAAAAUCAUAAGACAUAUGCCAAACGAUGGCGAAGAUUGGCGGCCAAGGUGGAACCUCCAAUGACAGAAGAGGAAAUUGUCCGUACAUUUAUUAAAGCCCAGGAUCCACCGUACUUUGAGGAGAUUUUUCGCAUGACUGGAUGCUCAUUUGCGGCCAUUGUUAACAAAUUGGAAGAAUUUGAUGAGUUAGUGAAGGCCGGAAAAAUUGUUAAUGUGUCAACAUUAAAGAUGCAACUGGAAGCUCUGCAAGGCCAGAAUAACAGUGGGAAGGAGUCCCAAUUUAAGGAAAAAGAAGGGGAAACUGCUUUUGUGUGGGAUCAGGGCCCCUUGACCAGACCUAGAUUUUCGAACCGCCUCACUUAUUCAUCACCCUACCCAUAUUACCCAAACUCCCGUCCUAUCUACCAUACUACCAUUAACCAUCCUCGACCUCGACCAAACUAUCCAAAUGUACCCACACCACCCUUUCAAAUUUCUCAACCCAAUCUUCAAACUCGACCUCGUUCUCCUUAUAAUCCAAGACCUGCUGCUGGUAAAAUUGGCAUGGUGCCUCCUCAAACCUACUCUAGGGGCAAGCCUGCUGGCUAUGAUCCUCAGGCCAUUUGUGCACAUCAUUCUGGAAAUCCUGGCCACUCUACCAGAAAUUGUCAGGCACUAAGGCAUAAGAUCCAAGACAUGAUUGACGCUGGGGACAUAAUUUUAAAGAAAAAUGGGAGUCAGGAACAAAAGCUUGUUCAUUCGUAG